AUCUGCACUGUGUUUAUCAUGUUGAGACACCACCUUGUCUUUGUUUCUUCCAGCUGGCAGACAGUAGCUCCACAUUCUGACAUGAGCUGAACAUACAUACAUCUAAGAGGGAUAUUCUGGGAGCAGUCAAGAGGAUUCUCACAAAGUUCACAAUCUAAAUGUCCAACUGAAACAGUCUGAAGUGAUGGAUUCUCCAGAGUUUUCUCGGUUGUCAUCUUUGAGGGGAGAGUUUAAAGAAGAUUACAUCCAACCCGAUUACAGAGAGUCUUACCGUCUGGCUAUUGAUUGCCUGGUGAACACGGGCAGAGAAAGUUACCAAGAGCUCCUAAAAGGAGAACGUGUCGGAAGUUUCCUCUCAGAGGAAGAGAUUCUCUUUAUCACUGAAAAUGUAGAACAACUCCCACCUCAAAACGAUGCAGAGGAAAUCGAUGGUCCACCAGAUAACCAAUCAUCCUCAGGGACGUACUGGCCCAUUCACUCGGAUGUGGACACGCCAGAUUUGGACUUAGGGUGGCCGGAGGUCAUGCAUGACCUACUGCAGACUAAUAUAGAUCUGCUCUUUCAUCCAGCAAGACAAAACAACCCCACCAUCAAAGAAGUGGUCCGGAAGCAUAUUCGGGAAGCAAGACAGGUUGUUGCCAUUGUGAUGGAUAAGUUCACUGAUGUAGAUAUAUUCAAAGAAGCUGUCGAUGUCUCUGCACGUGGAGUCCCGGUCUAUGUGCUUUUGGAUGAGUUCCAUUUGAAAAGUUUCCUCACAAUGGCUGAAAGUCAAGAUGUAAAAAUUCAACAACUCAGAAACAUGAGGGUGCGCACUGUGAGAGGUCAGGGUUACCUCUGCCGAUCAGGAGCUAAAUUUCAUGGGGCAAUGGAGCAGAAGUUUCUUUUAGUGGACUGCCACACAGCGAUUUAUGGCUCAUACAGCUUCACUUGGUCGUUUGAGAAGAUUAAUCUGAGCAUGGUUCAGGUCAUCACAGGACAUCUGGUAAAAUCCUACGAUGAGGAGUUUCGAACACUCUACGCCCGGUCAAGUGUGCCAGCAGAGCUGUGCCCCCCCGAGGGUUUUUUACAGCGCAAUGGGCCACAUGGACGACAGAUUUUUCCAAAAUCUCAUUCUGCCCAAAGAAUUGAGCGACAGGACCAGUUGAGACAUACACUGGACACAGUCUAUAGGAAGACCUGUGAGAGGAAACUAGGUGCAAGAGACUUUGAAGAGAGGCUCUUUGAACAAGGACCUAACGAGCUUAGGCCUUUGAUGGAGAAUGGGAUCGUUGUUCCAGAUCAGAUGCCCCAAUUACAGUCUACAGAGAUGAUGAACUUCAUGAAAAGGCACAGUUAUGCUGGGGAGAAACGCAAUGGAUGUAUGCCACAGAACAUCAGGACCAGAGCGAGCAACUGGAACAUUGACAGAGAAACAGGAACUGUAACAAACAACUACACCAUGGACAAUUAUUUACAAGUGCCACCAAUGCAUGGAGGUCAAAACAUACAUCAGUCUUACAAUGGUAACGACAUUUUGUCCAUGCAGCAGUACAUGCCAACACUGGAGAAUACAUCCAAGUCAUUCAUGCGCACAAUGAGGAUUGACUCUUACCUCAAAAAUCCUGACGUCCCAUUCGGAGACUCUUGUGACUAUUUAGACCAAUUUGAUCAGGACAAAGCUAACUCCUUCAUGCAGGGAAGACUGAGGUCUUCCCUUGCUUUCAGGUCGACCAUACCAGAGCAAAUGGAGCCAAAUACUCCUUUACACUAUUCAUCAAUGCAGUGGAAUCCGACAGGAGGAGCUGAAAACAGAAUGUGUAAUGAAGAGUUCAUGUACAAGAGGAAGAGUUUGCAGAUUUUGGAGGACAGUCGGAAUAACACAGGCUAUGGUCCCGGUAUGAACUCUUAUCAGCCUGUAUACAGUGGCUUAAGCAGACCUAAAGAUGGACUUAUGAUCACAAACCCUGACAUCCUGACAGACAGUUGGCACAAAAGGCAUAGUGUAGCAGAUCCAAGAUCAAACAAUGAGUAUGCACAAAAAUCCUCAAGUCACAUGAAUGGAGCUUUUGCAAGGAUGCAAGUAAACAGAAGCACGACAGGAAUCAAUGCACAGAAUGGAAGGUAUGUGUCAAAUCUGAACGAAGAUCAAAGGUCUCUCUCUCAUUUUGACAUGAAGAGUAUUACAACCACAAAGAGCCCCAGUACUCCCAAUUGGCAGGAGCCACCAUCCAGGACUGUGUCUACAGCAGCCUUGGAUGCAAAUAGCAAGGAUUUGACAGCUAAAUCCAACAGCAAGGGCUCUCUGCAAAUUCUAAAGAGUACCAAGAAAAUAAAAUCCUUAUUGAACAUACCAGAGAAAAAAGAGGAUUCAGUUGGAAACCUGGAUACAUUGAGUCUAAGGUCUGGCACCAGUACAGACACCCUAACAGCUCAGGAUCAGGAAGGGAAAUCAGAUGGACAAGGCAAACCUUACCAAAGAACAACCACUCCUGUUAGGUCUCUCUCAGAGCAGCAGAGGAACCGGUUAGAUACAGACCAUUUAAAACCAUCAAAACCUCGAUUCACUGUUGAGGAGCAACGAAAUCCACCACAGACGUCCCUCACAAAAGCUACCACACAGCAGAAAUCCACUGCUCUUGACAAAAGUGCAAGAUCUGGCCUAGACACAAGAAGCUGGAGCAAAGAUCGUGGUGCCGAGAACCGCCUUUACAGCAGAUUGGAGUCUUUCUGUUCACUUGAAAGGAAACACACUACACGUUCUUCAAACAGCUUUGGAACCACCCACUCUCAGGGCAAAACAAAAGGCCUUCCUAAAGGCGAGGCAGCUAUUGAAAACAACCUCACUCGAGCUGCACGAGGGCAUCAUGAAAAUAAGCUGGAGAAAUUCUUCCAUAGAGUGGGAAAUCUCAUACAAAAGAACAAGUAGUCUAAGACACAGAUCACUUUUUAUGAAUGCACAUUUGACAGGGUUUGCUAAUAUUAUUUUUCUGUGUUUACUUUGGAAAAUGUUUUCAGCAAACAUUGUUUACAUUUUGACAUCUGCUUAUUUUAUUGUAUAAAGAUGCACUGAUGAGUACCAUUAAAGGGGAACAUAUUCUAUAUGUAUAUAUGCAGCAGACCGCCAUGUAACAGAAUCUUAAUGCCACUUUUAAGCUGUCUUUGUUUUUCUUCACAGCUGACGCCAACCUGAAGUGAAACAUUCAAAUGCUGCCAGAUGUUACAGAUGCAUUAAGUAGUAGUUGUGUCAAAAUGUCACAGGUGUAUACAAUUUAUUGCUGCAAGCGUAGGUGUGUGCACAUGCCAAAGUGCUGUUGUCAUUAUAAAGAAGCCAAGAAGCCAAGGUGAUGGUAUUACAAACAAAUUUGAAUGUAAUAUAACCAGCACUCCACAUGAUGGAACACAUCAAGUAUAUGUCAUCACAUUUGUGUCAAGUAUAAGUCAGAAAGAGGUGUCAUGAAUUCUAUGGGGGUUGCAAUAAUUUUUUUUUUCAAAGAUAAUUUUUGGCCUUUUCAAGCUUUUAUUUUUGAUAGAGACAGCUGAAGAGUGACAGGAAUGUGGGGAGAGA